UAAAAGAUCUCACCUCGAGAUUCCUGUACUGUUUGCAUAUCGGUGAUAAACGUGACAAAGUGACGACUUACGAUUCUCGGGAAACAAUAUCCUAGGGAAGAUUAGAGGCAAAUAGGUAAUACGGCGUAUCGCGUGCACCUUACGAAAGAUUCUAAUGAAACCGCGAGUGAUUCACCGCGUCGCGACAAAAUCAACAACAACCCGGUCGGCCUGGAUUAUCAAGUGAUUUCGCAAGAUACGCUCGGGGGCUUUAUUUUUCGCGGAUCCUCAGCGUCGCUGAGGAAAACAACGAUUGCGAGCCUCUUAUUAGCUCCCGAGGAGAAUUGCUCCUAUGUUGCAAUUUGACAAACAAUUUAUACGUACGUGUAAAACGAGCCAUACAACUUUACACCGAGGCGUCUUUUAGAGCAGCGGAUCGUAAACCUUUCGACGGCAGUUAAAAAGUAGAAAAAAGAACUCCGCGUUAAUGGCACCGGCCAAUGUCAAAUCGGGUUCUUCAAGGCGCGUAUUAUCUCAAUUACAAGGAAACUGCGAAAGGAAGGAAAUAAAAUUAUUCUUAGACGGGAAAGCUAAAAUCCUCGAGCUAAACCUACGAAAUCGUGUGUUCGUCUUCUGUAUUUUACAUAUGAAAUUUAUUUCUGAGCCAUCGCGGAACGUAAGAGACACAUCAGACGAGACGAUGCGUAAAAUUGUGAAAAUGCCCGAGUUGCAAAGACAACCUGCUGCAAUCCUAGUGAAUUUCGAAGCGUCUUCGCAGCACCUCCCUCCAGAAGACUUGUCACCGCGAACUUGGCAACCUUAACCAGAAGGAAAGGAUGAUCGGGCCCGGCAACGUCGAGAAUAUUCCCAUCAUGUGCAUGUGCUAAUGCACCGUGACGUCAAGACGCAAUAUGUCACGUGCACCAUUAGCAUAAGCAUGUGACUGGUGCGGUAGCGAUCGGGUCUCGCACGUCGUCGCGGGGACACCGCGUGAGCCGCGUGAAGAAAAAAAAGAAAAAAGAGCUGCGCGUCACGAAAAGUGGAGUAGUUAUACGAUGAGCGUAACGCGAUCCGAGCGAGUCGUGACGAGCGAAUGGAAUCGAGUGCCGGUUACGAGAGCGACCUCCGCGAUAUCGAGGAAUGAUCACCUGUUUAAGAGUUCCGCUAUGAAGAAGGAAACGUGACGCGAGCGAGAGCGGUGCGAGCGUCAAAAGAAUUUGCUUUGGACAUGCUUUGGACGAAGAUAACAUGAGAUUCUCGUGCUUUCCGAGGGCCAACAUCCUCGGGCAGAGGGGUAGCAUUAAUCUCACCCCUCUGCCGGGCUACGAGGACUCCACCAGCGUCACAAUAGGCGUCGUACGUCUUAUUAACAUACGCCCGUUACCCAGUACCUUGCCAACGCUAACUGUAAAUGGCACCGGUCCAUCGUCGUCCGCAUCAUCUGCGUCAUUCACGAAAGUCAUAGUGUCGUCACCGUCGUCUGAGUCCAUUAAUCAUAUCAAUCACCUCCCAUCACAUCAAGAACAGUCUGGAGAAGAUGCGAGUGCUGUGAACAAUGGCGAGCAGCAAGUGAAUAAUCCGAGGGGUGGCGUCAUCGGAAGAACGCCGACGCCACCCUCGGCGCCGACGCCCGUAUACGAAAAAGACGCCAGGAGUGCGAGGCAAAUUAAGAGGGCCAUUUUGGAGAACGAAUUUCUGGGUAAUCUCGAAGAAAAUCAAGUGGAGGCACUCGUCUCCGCUAUGUAUCCCAAACAGAUUCCCGCUAAUACUAUGGUCAUCCGGGAGGGCGACAUAGGCUCGCACUUGUACGUGUCGGCGGAAGGGGACUUCGACAUUUACGAGGGGAACAAAUUCCAGAGAAGUUUCGGACCAGGAGUUGCAUUUGGGGAAAUUGCUCUAUUGUACAACACGAAAAGACUUCGAUCUAUUAGCGUAAAGAAGGCUGGAAAAGUAUGGGUGCUCGACAGAUCAGUAUUUCUAACUAUAAUGAUGAGAACAGCUCAGGAACAGCUGGAGGGUAACAUCCGCUUCCUCCAACGCGUUUCCGUUCUCCAAAAGCUUCCCGAGCCCAAGGACCACGUGCUAGCGAAGAUAUCCGAUCUCAUAAGAGUAGAGUUUUUCCCGGCCGACGCGAAAAUACUGCGGCAGGGCGAGAAAGGUGAGAAAUUCUACAUAAUCAGCGGCGGCAACGUACGGAUCACCAAAGACACCGAGUACGGCGGGGAGGAGGAGCUGGUGGUCCUCGGCAAGGGAGAUUAUUUCGGCGAAUUGGCUCUCUAUGACGACGAGGGUGAACGACGUGCCAAUGCGAUCGCGCUUGCACCUGGUGUCGAAUGCUUGACCCUGGACAGAACGUCAUUCCUGAAUUACCUGGGUAGUCUGGAUGAAAUUCGUAACAAGGACUGGUUGGCGGAGUACGAGAAGCAAAAGCGUUCGUUGACCCCGAAAAAGUGGACCAACGAGUACGCGAAUUUAACCUUGAUGGACCUUGAGACGAAGGGAACGUUAGGAGUGGGUGGAUUCGGUCGUGUGGAACUGGUCACACUCAGGUCCGAUCCAAAUAAGAGCUUCGCCCUGAAGAAACUCAAGAAGAAGGUCAUGGUCGAGCAGCAACAGCAAGAACACGUGCUGAACGAGAAACACAUUAUGCAAGCGUGCGAUUCCCCUUUCAUAUGCAAACUUUAUCAAACCUACAAGGAUACCAAAUACGUGUAUUUCCUUAUGGAAGUGUGCCUCGGUGGAGACGUUUGGACGACUCUUCAAAGGAGGCGUUACUUCGACGACGCCACUGCGCAAUUUAUGGUCGGCUGCGUGGUGGAAGCCCUCGAUCAUCUUCACUCGCUAAACAUCGUUUAUCGGGAUCUCAAACCGGAGAAUCUUAUGCUCGACACGCGCGGUUACUUAAAACUGGUGGACUUUGGUUUCAGUAAGAAAAUCGGGCCGGCAAAAACGUGGACGUUUGCCGGCACGCCCGAGUACGUCGCACCGGAAAUCAUCCUGAACAAAGGACACGACAGGGCGGUGGAUUACUGGGCCCUCGGUAUCCUGACGCACGAGCUUCUCGUUGGUAAGCCGCCUUUCCGAGGAUCCGAUCAUAUGACGACUUACAACAAAAUCUUGAAGGGUAUCGACAUGGUCGGUGUACCGAGCAUCGUCAAUAAAUACGCUAAUAAUCUCAUCAAGAAGCUACUCCGCUUGAACGCCUCGGAACGAUUGGGUUACCAGCGAAAUGGGAUACAGGACAUUCGUGAUCACAAAUGGUUUUCUACUUCUACUUUCAACUGGCAAGCGCUUCAAAGAUUGGCUCUACCGGCUCCCAUUGUCCCAACGGUGCGACAUCAACUCGACACGCGAAACUUUGAAAGAUAUCCACCUGACCGCGAUAUUCCACCAGACGAAUUUUCCGGCUGGGACAUCGAAUUCUGAGAAUAAAUUCUCGAUGUAAAAAGAAAAAAAUUUAUAUAUGAACAUAGAAAGAAUAAUUUUACUAAAGUUUUUAAAAAUUUAGCCGGAUACAGGCUUAAAAGUAAUUUGGUUAGACUAAUAAUUAUGUAGAAACAUGAGCAAGGUUGCAAAAAUUUUAACGUUCUAGUAAUAUUUUAGUGUUCUACACAAUUAUUUUGAUGACAAAAAAUUAUUUUCAGAUCUAGUUAAAUUUUGAAACAUUUCAGCAAAGCUGUUCUUUCCGUGAAUCAAGCUGCAAGGAUUACACAAUCUUUGCUUUAGUAAUAUAAAAAUGCAUUUGUUAAUUGUUUGUGUUGUUAUUAGAAAUAUUAUAGCUCUUUUAUUACCAAAAAUGACGAUUUCGAGAUGUAAAAACGAAUAGCUGAAUUGUAAAUUAGGAUAUUUGUUAAUCAGUAAUUAACAAAAAGUAUCUUUUCCGCCAAAAAAUGUUUUCUUCGCAUUUCAAUUAGUUCUUUAUAAAAUUACACAAUAUUAUAUUCUUAAAAUUAUUAGUUUAUAAAGCUCGUACGGUCAAUAACUUCUUUUAAUGAAUUAAUAAUUUAUAAAAAGUAAUUUACUAAUAUAAAAAAUUAUAUUUUAUUAUUUCCUCAUGAGCUGAUCAUUCGUAAUCCGUAAUCAUUGAUAUUCCAGUUAAUUACAAAUAAAUAUACGUAAUCUUUUAA